AUGGCUACGGUAUCUCCGCAAGAGGACGGACACCCCGCGCUUCGUCACGCCAACACCAUCGACUCAAUGGCAUCAGAAGAAGCGAUUCCUACUGAAAGAGGGGACGUAGCGGGACUAUUGGUUGAGCGGUUGAGAGCUUGGAAGCAUGCGGUUGGGUACAUCGAAGCUUAUGUCUCGCAUACGGAAGCUGCGCACAAAGUGAUGGCGAAGGAGUAUGAGAAGGUUUUGAAGACUGUAUCCGAACCGUUGAAGGAGGGACAUCACUUUGCCCAAGACAUCGGCGGCGUUGCCUCAUUCUUCGAAAACGUCCGCACAAACACCCAAGGCAUCACGCAAUCCCACCAUGAAACUGAGCGGGCAUUGAAAACCCACGUCCUACCCAUCCUCGGACGUCUUCACACGGAGAUUAAGGAUCGCGCAAAGCACAUCCAUAGCGCCUCGGAGAAGAGCUCCAAGAGCGUCGCGAAGGCCCGCAACUACACGCAGAAUCACAUAGAAUUGCUGGGCCAGCAUGCUUCGGGCUUUGAUUCCAUGGGAUCUGGGCAGAGCACGGCGGCGGGUGGACUUGCGCACAUAAAUAUCCCCGGAACGCACUCCCAUGGGAAUGGAGGCAAGUUGAAGCCGGAUGUCGACCCGUACAUCUUGCGGAGGGGCGUGCUGCACAGACUGCACAAGCAGGUUAUUGAAGAGAACAAUCAUCGACAGGAUCUACUGGGUGUGCAGAAUCAGAUGCAACAGUUUGAGGGGCAUAUUGUUCAGACGAUACAGCAAGCGCUUGGGUCGUUUUAUGAGCAUGUUGGGGCCCAGGCUGAUAGACAGAAGGCACUGUAUGGGGAUAUUAUUGCUGCCGGUCAAAGACUCCCACUGGAUUUCGAGUGGGGUGGGUUCACGACUAGAUACGCCGACGUACUCAUUGAUCCAUCCUCGCCGGCGCGGUCGAUCGAGUCGAUCCAGUUCCCCAAUCAGGGUCAUCAGAGUACAAAGGCUUUGAUCGAGGGCACGCUGAACAGAAAGGGGAAAGUCAUGAGGAGUUAUAGCGCGGCUUACUACGUCGUCACCCCGUGCAACCCAGAAAUAAGCCUCUACCUCCCGGACUGUACCAUCGGCGCACUAUCCAAACCUCCAAACGCGAAGUUUAUCAUUUCCGGAAAAGAUGCGGGGAGCACCAUGAAGGCUCUAUCGUCCAAACACGAUUAUGCCUUCAAGGCAGCUACUCACGAAGAUGCCGCAAAAUGGCACCAAAUAAUCUCCACCUGCGCGGGCCUCGCCACGAAUGAGUCGCCGUUACAGAGCCCCAUUUCGCCGACUACUUCUGGACCAGCGUCCGGCGCCGCGACGCCGCCGAGUUACUCACGCACCGGCAUACAGGAAUUGGGUGUUACGAAUGUGGGGGGUAAUGGUGCUGGCCCUGCCCCGGCUAGGAAUGGGGUUUCUGGGGUGCCGAUUGUUGUAGCGGGGGAUAUUAAGAAGUCCUGAAUGAAUGGUUAUGUAGUCCAUUUCCUCCUUUCUUCUGCUUGUUGGCUUGUUGGCUUUGGGUUAUCGCGUAUAAUUGGAUGGGGUUGGGGGUGGGGUGGUAAUGAUGGAUUAUUCGUCUUUUUUUUUCUCUUUUCCUUUUUCUUUAGGAUUUAUGAUUCGAUUUGAAUGGGUCCGGCCGGGAAAAACGGUAAACAUGGACGGCCGGUAACCUAUGACAAUACUUCUACAAU